UUCCUCUGAGUCGAGCACGCGGUCAGCUCCCGCCUUAUAAAAUGGCAACUAGCUCGUCUUCGCCUCCUGCCACCAUUGCUACCGAAGCGUGGGCAGCACUGAAACUCACUCUCCGAUAUAGCGCAUUGCUGUCCUCGAGGAGCGGCAAUGGCUCACCUGCUCAUGCACGGCACGCUCGACGCGACCAUCUUCGAGGCGGCCAACCUCACAAACCCCACUCGCCUCACCGGCGACGCCCCCGAGGGCUUCCGCAAGGUCAGUGAUCGGCGGCAUCCAUGGCGCAAAAACCUUCGAUCGCUGGUGUUCUCGGCUUUUUCUUGGCUGCGUGUUCUCAUGGUGUUUGUGCGUGUGUGUGCGCAGUGGUGGGAAGGGCUGGAGAAGACGACCGGGCUUGGGCCUGGCGGGACGCGGCUCUACGCCACGAUCGACCUCGGCAAGGCGCGCCUCGGCCGGACGCGGAUUGUCGACGACGAGCCGGUGAACCCGCGGUGGGACGAGCGGUUCCACCUCUACUGCGCCCACUUCGCCGAGAACGUCGUCUUCUCGGUCAAGGUGUCGCUGCCCGUCGGCGCCGCGCUCAUCGGCCGCGCCUACCUCCCCGUCAGGGAGCUGCUGUCCGGCGAGGUCGUUGAGCGCAAGCUCGACAUCCUCGGCGAGGACAAGAAGAAGCUCCCCCACGGGCCGACCAUCCACGUGCGGCUGCAGUUCAAGAACGUGGCCGCCGACGGCAAGUGGUGGGGCGGCGGCGUCGGAGGCCCGGACUACGGCGGCGUGCCGUGCACCUACUUCAAGCAGCACACCGGGUGCAGGGUCACCCUGUACCAGGACGCGCACGCGCCCGACGCGUUCGCUCCGAGGAUACCGCUUGCCGGCGGCGCGCACUACCAGCCGGGGCGGUGCUGGGAGGACGUGUUCGACGCCAUCAGCAACGCCAAGCACCUCAUAUACAUCACCGGCUGGUCGGUGUUCACCGACAUCACGCUCAUCCGCGACCCCUCCCGGCAGCGGCCCGGCGGCGACGCCACCCUCGGCGAUCUCCUCAAGCGCAAGGCAAGCGAGGGCGUCCGCGUGCUCAUGCUGGUCUGGAACGACGUCUCCUCCAUCCAGGCUCUCCAUGCCAUCGGCAUCAAGCUGAGCGUCGGGCAGACGCACGACGAAGAUACGCUCGCUUACUUCGAAGACUCCGACGUGCACUGCGUCCUCUGCCCUCGACACGCCGACUGCGCCGCCGGUCAUAGCUUCGUCAUGGGCACGAAGGUCUCCUUCUUGGCCACCCACCACCAGAAGACCGUCAUCGUCGACCACGACAUGCCGACCGGGAGCGGCGGCGGCGACCUCCGCCGCAUCGUCAGCUUCGUCGGCGGCCUCGACCUCUGCGACGGUCGCUACGACACGCAGUCCCACUCCCUCUUCAGGACGCUCGACGCGGCGCACCACAGGGACUUCCACCAGCCGAGCAUCGACGACGCCGACCUCUCCAUGGGCGGGCCGAGGGAGCCAUGGCACGACAUCCACUCCAAGCUCGAAGGCGCCGUCGCCUGGGACGUGCUCUACAACUUCGAGCAGAGGUGGAGGAAGCAGAGCGGCCACGCUGACCUCCUCGUCAACCUCAGCGCCCUCGAGCACCUCAUCACGCCACCAUCUCCAGUGAAGUUCCCCGGCAACGACGACCACGAAGCAUGGAACGUCCAGGUCUUCCGCUCCAUCGACGGCGGCGCCUGCGAGGGCUUCCCAAGCAGCCCGGAGGCCGCCGCGCGGCUCGACCUCACGAGCGGCAAGAACAACGUCAUCGACCGGAGCAUCCAGGACGCGUACAUCCACGCCAUCCGCCGCGCCAAGGACUUCAUCUACAUCGAGAACCAGUACUUCAUCGGGAGCUCCUACGCGUGGAGGCCCGACGGCGGCAUCAAGCCGGAGGACAUCGAGGCGGUGCACCUCAUCCCGAGGGAGCUCUCCCUCAAGAUCAUGAGCAAGAUCGACGCCGGCGAGCGGUUCACGGUCUACGUCGUGGUGCCCAUGUGGCCGGAGGGCCACCCCAACGCCAACGCCAUGCAGGCCAUCCUCGACUGGCAGAGGAGGACGAUCGAGAUGAUGUACUACGACAUCGCCGUCGCGCUCAAGGCCAAGAACAGCGACGCCGACCCGAGAGAUUACCUCACCUUCUUCUGCUUGGGGAACAGGGAGUCCAAGACGAACGCCGAGUACGUGCCUCCACAUCGCCCCCAAGAAGGGACAGACUAUGCCAAGGCACAGAACGCGCGCCGCUUCAUGAUCUACGUCCACUCCAAGAUGAUGAUAGUUGACGACGAGUACAUCAUCGUGGGGUCAGCCAACAUCAACCAGCGGUCGAUGGACGGUGGCCGGGACACGGAGAUCGCCAUGGGAGCGUUCCAGCCACGGCACCUGAGCAUCGGCGGCCAGGGUGCGAGAGGGCAGGUCCAUGGCUUCCGGAUGUCGCUGUGGUACGAGCACCUGGGCGUGCUGCACGACGACUUCCUGCGCCCGGGGAGCCUGGAGUGCGUCCGGAGGGUGAACGGCAUGGCCGACAGGCACUGGGGGCUCUACGCGGGCGCGGAGCUCCACGGCGACCUCCCCGGCCACCUGCUCACCUACCCGAUCGCGGUCGCGAAGGACGGCGCCGUGGCGUCGCUCCCCGGCGGCGAGCUCUUCCCGGACACGGAGGCGAGGGUGCUCGGGGCGCUGACACCGGCGUAUUUCAUCCCAUAUCUCACAUCGUAGAUCGCGUUGCGAUUCGUGCACAAUACUACUGGAGGGGGGCUGCUGCUUCCAGCUG